AUGGCUUCCGAGCAGAAGGACGUGGCUCAGGAGGUCAACGACGAUGAGGUCAACAUCAACUCGACGGUGGGCUUGGUGUCGGCGCUGAUCAUGUCUUGCAUGGCCUCCGGCCUCACGGACUCCUGGGAGUUCAACCAGGACACCCGCCUCUGCGAAGAGCUAUCGGGGACGUGGUGCUUCCCGAAGUUCGAAGUCUACCAGGUCUGCCAGUGCUUGAGCAUGAUCUGCAACAUGGUGGCCAUUAUGACCUCCAUCGCCCGGCUGCUCGCCUUCCAGCGGAUGGACUCCUGGCACAGUGCCGAGCUGCGGGACGAGAUCACGAAGGGAUUCCUUGGCAAAGUCUGCGAUGCCACACCCAGUGCUGCCAUGGCUUUGGGAGUGGUCUUCUAUGCUGCUGGCUACCUGAUCCAAGCCUCCAUCGUCAUGCCGGCGGGCAACGUUGGAAUGUGCAUAGGCUUCCUUGCGCUGGGGGUGCUCUUCUGGGUGAACAACGAGGUCAUCAUCCAGCGAGCGAAGAAGCGUGUCCGCAACAGGACCACUUCGGAAUCCAUCUUGGACCUGCCGCAGCCGACAGAAACUUAG